UAGAUAAAUUUCUUACUGUUUUUAUUUUUUUAGAUAGGAGACUACGUCAAAGUGAUCAUUAAUAAAGAAGAAAGAAGAAAAUUGUAGUGACUACUAUGCUGAACUACUACUUGUUUGUUAUCAUAACUGGAUGGUUCUUAAUGGCAAGGUCGUCAACAGAACUAGCUAUACUUGGUUGUCCAGAAAAGUGUGGAGAUGUAACUAUCCCAUUCCCAUUCGGAAUUGGAUCGUCCAAUUGUUUUCUUAACAAAUGGUUCGAAAUCUCCUGCCACAACUCUACUACGCCUUUCCUCGAACACACUCAACUACAACUACAGGUACUUAACAUUUCUAUACUUGAUAAUUAUAACGGUAGACCACCAUCGGAAUGGGUUCAGGUGAGAAGCCCCAUCAGUUUCUUCAACUGUGCAAAUAAGACAAGCAAAAAAUCAGCAAAUUUAACAGGAAGCCCCUUCUACUAUUCUUCUGAGAAUGACUUUGUUGCAGUAAGUUGUGGUCUUGUUGCCAAGUACGAAAUAAGGAGUGGUAUCAGCCUCGUCCAGGAUGGGUGCACCAGCAGCAGUUCCACCUGCUCAUCAUCAUCCAAUAGUAGUAAUAAUGUUGAUUUUAGUAAUUGCCACGAUGGCGUUAAAUGUUGUCGUGCUUAUUUCGAAGGUGGUGACAGCUUCAAAAUCUCCAUGGAUAAUGAUUCUAGUACGACUCUUGCAACAAAUCGUGAUAACGAAUAUUGCAAAUAUGCAUUCCUGAUUGAUCGUUAUGAAAUUGAUAAAUACAAAACAUCCCAUGAUUUGGAUUAUUAUGUUCCCGCCCUACUAAGUUGGUCCCUUAACAGUACGUAUUUCGACAUAUUUAAAACACAUGUUAUCCCAACCAGAUCCAGAUCUAGCAGCUUCUACUGCAGCAGCUAUAAUGGUACUUUAAAUUCCUCUCUAGAGAGGAUAUACAGCUGUUACUGCAGUUAUGGAUUUCGAGGGAGUGCGUACAUUCAGGAUGGGUGUCAAGGAGUUGGGAGUGCUCUUGGAGUCUUAGUACUUGUUUUUGGUACAUGGAGACUAUACAAAUUCAUAAUGAAAAGAAAAGAAAUUAAACAAAAGAAAACAUUUUUCAAACGAAAUGGUGGCCUUUUGUUGGAACAGCAAAUACACUCGAGUGAAAACAAUGUCGAGCAAACCAAGUUGUUCGAUGCAAAAGAGUUAGAGAAGGCAACGAAUAAUUUUUGUAUAGACAGAGUUCUUGGACAAGGAGGUCAAGGUACUGUAUACAAAGGAAUGUUGGAAGAUGGAAAGAUUGUUGCGAUAAAGAAGUCUAAAAUAAUUGAUGAAGCCAAACUAUCUGAAUUCAUUAAUGAGGUUGUUAUUCUUACGCAAAUCAAUCAUAGAAAUGUUGUCAAGCUAUUGGGAUGUUGUUUGGAGACAGAUGUUCCACUUCUAGUUUAUGAAUUUGUCCCAAACGGAACGCUUUCUGAGUAUAUUCAUGACAAAAAUGCAGAGUUUCCUUUUACAUGGAGCAUGCGAUUACGAAUUGCAACUGAGGUUGCGGGAGCUCUCUCAUACUUACACUCAGCAGCUUCUUUUCCAAUUUAUCAUCGAGAUGUUAAGUCUACAAACAUACUCCUUGAUGAAAAAUUGAGAGCAAAAGUUGCAGACUUUGGUACAUCAAGAACUAUUUCCUUAGAGCAAACUCACUUGACCACUUUAGUUUAUGGCACAUUUGGUUAUCUAGAUCCUGAAUAUUUUCAAUCUAGUCAAUUUACCGAUAAAAGUGAUGUUUAUAGUUUUGGAGUGAUUCUUGUUGAGCUCUUGACUGGACAAAAAGCAAUAUCUGCAGCAAGAUCAGAGGAAGGAAGAAGUUUGGCGACAUAUUUUAUAAUGACAAUGGAGGAAAAUAGCAGUAGUCUGUUCGACAUUCUUGAUGGUCAAGUUCUCAAAGAAGCGCCAAAAGAAGAGAUCAUAGUUGUUGCUGAUCUUGCACAAAGAUGCUUACAUCUGAACGGAAGGAAUCGACCUACCAUGAAAGAAGUAGCAAAGGAGCUAGAAAGGAUACAAGUCAUUGAUAAUAAAGAUUCAAAGGGCAGUCAACAUAAUUAUGAAGAGUUAGCGUAUGCACAACCUGAAGUUAUAGACUACUCUUGGAAUGCUUUCACGUCAUCAACUUUUGAUAGUAAUGCUACUAGCUCCUCGUUGCAUCAAGAAUUACCAUUAUUAUAAGCUCUCAGCUCUCAUUCUCACGCACCCCACUGGUACA